AUGGCGUGCGCUGGGCGUCUGCUGCUGCUGCUCUCGCUGCUACCCAUGAGCAUGGCCUGGAAGCCCAAGAGCUUGUUCCUGUUCAAUAAGAGGACGGGAGAAGCGUGCAAUGACCACUCCGAGUGCCAGAGCCGCUGCUGCGUCCCCAACAGCCCGAACCCGCAGGCCUUCUGCGCCGCCAAGACCCUCUUCCUCCAGUGCGUGCCCUGGCGGAAGCCCAACAGGGACGCGUGCUCGGACCACGCCGAGUGCCGCAGCCGCUGCUGCGUCACCAACAGCGCCAGCUCGCAGACGUUCUGCAGGCCCCGGGGCAUCUUCCUGCAGUGCACGCCUUGGCGCAGGCCCAACGGCGCCCGCUGCGGCCACCACAGGGAGUGCCGGAGCCAGUGCUGCAUCACGCUCAGCGAGGUCGGCUGCCCCCGCUGCGUCCGCCGGAGCGGCCUCCUGGCGCAGUGCCUGCCCUUGUGACAGGGGAGCUUGGCUCUCCAGUCUACGCUGUUCUCUCCCGGCUGUGAGGACCUGGAGGCGGCCGACGCAUCUGUCCCUUCUCCCAGCGGGGAGCUCCUGAGGUUGACGGUGCACGUGUCCGGGGACAAACUGCGGCUCCCAGAACCUUCCCACCA